UUAGACUAAGUUGAAAAGGAGAUUUAAGUUAAUUUAAUUUAAAGGUAUUAGAUUUAAUGAGCAUACCCUGACAUAUUAGAUAACGUUUGGAACCUCAUAUAGCUGUGGCGACUGGACGGCCAGGUCCCUUAACAUGUCCAGUGCAAUACAAGAGGAAACUGUCAGCGAGUCAUCGAAGGUGCUGGCUUUUGCUGACUCCAGCGUCACCAUGACCGCUGACUCAGGCACCGACUGCCGUACUGACUCCAGAGUCAAAUGUGAAGCUGACUUGUAUGGAGAUGAGGAUAAAAAACGCGAGGCGAUUGUUAAGAAGAUGAGAAGCAAGCCACAGACGGAACGUCGUCGGCGACAGCGCAUCAACGAGUGCGUAGCGCUGCUCAAGCAACUCGUUCUCGAGGCCAUGGGUAAAGAUCCGUCUCAGUACACAAAGCUGGAGAAAGCAGACGUUCUUGACAUGGCUGUGCGUUAUGUUCAAACUCUGCGCCAACAACAACCUGGAGCCGUCUCGUCCCAGGAGUUCAAAAACUCUUCGUCUACUUCCUCAUCCUCUCAAUCCUUCGACUCUUAUGUUAACGGAGCUUCGUUUCAGCCUUCGACUCUUAGUUGUUCAUUUGCACCUAAAGAUUCUUUCAUUUCCGAUAGUCUAGGAGAAAGUUUACCUGAAAAUACACCAACUUCUCUGCAGUACCGAGCUGGUUUCUCUCAUUGCUCAUCUGAGAUAGGAAUUUUUCUGCGGAUGCUCAAAAAUAUUCCUCAUGACUUGCCCGACAAAGUUGCUUCACACCUCAACAAUCUGCUUAUGAAAAUACAAACAGAGAAUGAGGUCUCACAAUUCUGUUCGAAGGAUGACACGAACCAAUUUACGGGACUGUCCCCUACAAUUCAACCUAUUUUACUGUUACUCAGUCCUGUUCCUGCUACAAUACCUACGUUCCAAAUUGUCGGACAACCGCAGGGUUCAGCUUUAAUUUCCGCGACCAAUUUAACAUCAUUCAAUUCAACUUUUACGGUUAACUCUUUGGUGGAUUCAGCGCAAAGUCGCGUCGAUAGUUCAGGGGCAAGUCCGAACAACUCUGCAAGUUGGGUGCCACCUCAGAAUGAAGCAAUCAUGAAUGACAGUGCGGCAUGUAACAGUCCGUGUAUUUCUAUCAAGUCCGAUCAGUCUUCACCGAGCUAUUUGAAUUCUAGUGAUGACACAGACCUUACAUUGGAAGAAGUCCCAACGCGUCGAUCUGAUGAAAGUUUCAGCUCAGGUGAUUCCAUCGAAUCGCAGCUGGAAAAAAUGCAUUCAGUUUCCCUAGGGGCAGGCUCUUGUUCUCCAAUAACUGCAUCUUUUGAGCAGUCGACUCUUGAUGCCACUGAACGUAAAAGUUGUGGACAUUGCCAUGGUCCUGUAGGCACUUCCGUUAACUUAAGAAUGCGAGACCAGCUGUUGUGUUCUUCAGGUUCGGUCCAACAACAAGAAGCGAUUAAAAAUUUUCAUUCUCGAGACUUGCAGCCAGAAAUGUCGAGUAUGUGGCGACCGUGGCACUGAUAUUUUGUCGCGUUGAAACAAUGUUCUUUAUUUCUUUAAAUUUUCUUGCACCUGUAUUUAUUUUAAGAAAAGAGGCGUGGUUAUUCUGAUUAAUUCGGUGCCAUGUUUUGACUCGAACCAUGGCGUGUCAACCAAACUUACGUGGAUUCUGUGCUGUCAUGAAGUCAUGAUGCUUGACCAAGCAAAAUUUAUUUGGCGUUCUGAAAAUUGCAUUCUUAUCUCGAACUAAACCUCAUUUUCCCAAAUGAGUAACAGCCUGAUUUACUCAUAUAAUACCUGACGAACGUACGGCCUCCGAGAUGUAAAGACACUAUCUACUGAACGGGACUUGCAAGCCCAAGCCUCACAGAUCUCAAAAUGCAAUCUAUAGUUAAUUGUUGAUGUUAAUAGUUUGUUUUACAUGAGAAAGAUGCAUAGUGUUACAGACAGAACUACCAUGUGCGCUGCCUCUCUUGUCUAAACUUAAGCUUCCCCUUAUUUACUUGUUAAUUUAGUACUAUUAAUAUUUCUCAUAUUGAUCUCCCGGGUUAAGAAUUGAAUCUAUUUUUGUUAAGGCUGCUUAUCGGCAGAAAUAAAUUUUAAAUUCGCCUCGAACAAAAAUUUUAUCCAUGAGAAACCUCUAAAAACUACACACCGUAUUGAAAUCAGAUUUAUUUUCGCAUUAUCAUUCUAGGCUGCACAAGCAGAAUAGAUUAAAUAGGCAGACAAUUAAUAACAUAAUUUUAGCACACAGCCUUGCACCAUAUAUUUAGCGUUAGAACUGCACUGAGUUAAGUGAGUAACACUGUGCACCAUAUAUUUAGCGUUAGUUAAAGUAAGUCAAGUUGAGUUAAGUCUGAGUUAAGUGAGUAACACUGUUGCAACUUUGGGGUUAGUUGGGUAUAUGUAUUUGCAUGUACGUUAAUUGGGGUGUGUAUAGUCCCAUACGUACGUACUCUCGAUCAUAGGGAAGUUUAAUCCCAUAUAGGAUACGUACUCUCAUAGGGAAGUGUAAUCCCAUAGGGAUGCGCACUCUCAUAGGCAUGCGUAUUCGGUUUCAUUUGCGAAUUGUGGGAUGAAUUGGGAGUGGACCUCUUGGUUUGUCUCAGGAUUCAAAUCACUGCAAUUUAACUUAGCGAUGCGGUUAAGGUAGCAACUAAAGUACUCACGAUAUUUUUUAUAUAUGUAUGUAUUAUAAAUAAAGUAUGCGCUCUGUGCUCUAAUAGAAGUAAAGCGCAUUGUUGAACUAUUUUCCUAGAGUGAAAAUUUUUUGGAUUAAAUUAUUUCCUUUAUAUUGAGAGUACUUUUUUAAUCGUGAUGUAACUUUAGAGAGAGUUGAAAACAUUCGCUAAUCACAUGGCGCCUGAUUAAUUGUAUUGCAAGCAAUAAAAUGCUACGUAAAAAUUUUUUGUUUGUAUACA